AUGCCGAUUGGUGAGGACGAAGGAGGAAGAGCAGACUGUGCGGGGAGCAUGGAUACGCCCGGUCCUUCGCGUUGCAGCUGUGUAGGUGCGCUGUACGGCUGGCGUCUCCUCUGCGUGUCUUUGCCCUCGCGUGAUGAGGGCGUCGUGCUUCGUCUGCGCUGUGCAGUCUGCUGCGGUGCGUGUGCGCGGCACUUUUGUUGUUGUGCUCCUUGCUCCUCAUACGUGUCUAUGCACUUUGGGGUGUGGAGGGCAAAUGAGGUGUGCGGGGGACGAUGGUGUGGCUGCGCGGUGUCGGUGUUUCCACCUCGCAGUGCCGGCACCGCCUGCAUGGGUGGCAUGCCGUGGCUGACCGUGCAGAGUACAUCAUUGCGUCUCCGCCGCUUACUGCAGAAGAAGCAGGCGGUGGGCGAUCAUCUUGCGAGAGGCGUUGGGGGUUGA